CCAGUCCCACACCAGGACAAGCAGCUAGCUGCUCGUACUCGCCCUGUCCGCCGUCAUGGGUCACGAGCAAGAGCACGGCGGCCGCGGCGCCGGCCACCUCCUCCUCUUCCCGUUCCUGGCGCAAGGCCACCUCAUCCCGUUCCUCAACCUGGCCAGGCGCCUCGAGAGCCUAGGGCGGCGUGGCGGCAGCGGCCAGCGCCGUCUCGAGGUCACCAUCGUCAGCACGCCUCGCAACGUCGCCGGCCUCCGGCGCGCGGUGCCGGCCGGAUCGUCCAUCGGCUUCGCCGAGCUGCCGUUCUCGCCGCCGGACCAUGGCCUGCCGCCAGACGCCGAGAGCACCGACGCCGUCCCGCUCCGUUCCUUCGCCGCCUUCUACUUCGCCACGGAGCUGCUCCGGCCGCCGUUCGAGGAGCUCGUGGCGGAGGUCACGGGGAGGGAAGGGCGCCAGAACGUGUGCGUCCUCGCGGACAUCUUCCUGGGAUGGACGGCCGAGAGCGCCCGCGCGCUCGGCGUCCAGCACCGCGUGUUCCUCACCUCCGGCGCCUAUGCCUCCGCCGUCACCUUCUCAAUCUGGCUCCGCCCGCCGGCGUUCCCGCGCCCCACCGGCCCCGACGACGAGCAGGCGCUGCAGGACUUCCCCGACGUGCGCGUCCGGUACGUGGAGUUCCUGAACGUGGUCGUCACGGAGGACUACGCGACAAACCCCAUGUUGGCGUACCUGUGCCGGAUGGUCAGCCUCCACUUCUGCCACUCGGGCGGUCUCGUCAUCAACACCUCGGAAGAGAUCGAGCCGAGAGGUCUCCACCUCAUCAGGAAGCUCUCCGGGCUGCCGACGUUCGCCGUCGGUCCCCUCACCGGCGGCCGAACACCUUCGUCGGCGGACACCGCAGGAGACGAGGACGCAUGCAUCAGGUUCCUGGACUCCAAGCCGCCGGCGUCCGUCCUGUACGUGUCGUUCGGGUCGCAGAACACGAUCCCGGCGUCGCAGAUGAUGGAGCUGGCGCGGGGGCUGGAGGCCAGCGGGCGGCCGUUCAUCUGGGCGGUGCGGCCACCGGUGGAGUUCGACGGGACGGAGGAGUUUCGCGGCGAGUGGCUCCCCGACGGCUUCGAGGACCGCGUCGCGGCCGCGGCGCGAGGCGUGGUGGUGCGGGGGUGGGCGCCGCAGGUGGCCAUCCUGGCGCACGCGUCCACGGGCGCGUUCCUGAGCCACUGCGGGUGGAACUCGGUGCUGGAGAGCCUGUGGCACGGCGUGCCGGUGGUGGGCUGGCCGCUCAUGGGCGACCAGAUGUUCGACUCCCGCAUGCUGGAGCAGCUCGGCGUCGGCAUGGAGGUGGCGUCCGGGAGGAUGUUCGGCGGGCUGGGCAAGGGGUGGGAUCACGUGAGGGACGUCGUGGACACGGUGCUCGGGGACGGCGAGAAGGCGCGGGGCAUGCGGCGGAAGGCCGCGGAGCUGAAGGAGUUGGCACGCGCGGCUGUAAGUGUCCGAGACGACGGCCAGGUGAAGGGCUCCUCCGUGCUCGCCAUGGAGCGCCUCCUCGAUGGGGCCUUCGGUUGACCACGGCAAAUUCUCGUUCGGAACAGUUAGGUACCUUUGGAUCACCCCGACUAAACUUUCGUUCUUAUCACUUGUCAUAUUGGAUAUUUGAUACUAAUUACGAGUACUAAAUAUAGAGUAAUUAUAAAACUAAUUGUAUAGAUGGAGGCUAAUUCACGAGACAAAUCCAUUGAGUCUAAUUAGUCUAUGAUUUGAUAAUGCUGCGUUACAGUAAACAUAUGCUAAUGAUGAAUUAAUUUGGCUUAAUAGAUUUGUUACGUGAAUUAGCUUUCAUUUAUGCAAUUGGUUUUACAAUUAAUCUAUAUUUAAUAUUCUAAUUGGUGUUCAAACAUCCGAUAUAAUGGGACUAAAGUUUAGUCAUCCGGAUCCAAACAUUGCAUGAUAUAAGCGGCUGCCUUUACUAUUUUUGUUGUCAAAUUGCUUCGAUUUUUCAUUUUAGUGGUUUUAUCUGUGAAAAAUGAUUUCCCCAUUUCUCAUUAUGCCUAAGAUAAAUUAAUGCAGUUCCAACGUUUUUUAUUUA